GGGCCGCAGCUUGCCAAUUCCCCGACUGUGAUAGUGAUGGUUGGCCUCCCUGCCCGUGGGAAGACCUACAUCUCCAAGAAGCUGACUCGCUACCUCAACUGGAUUGGUGUCCCGACAAAAGUUUUCAACGUGGGGGAGUAUCGCCGCGAGGCGGUGAAGCAUUACAGCUCCUACGACUUCUUCCGCCCCGACAAUGAGGAGGCCAUGAAAGUCAGGAGGCAAUGUGCCCUGGCUGCCUUGAGGGAUGUCAAGCUGUACCUGACAGAAGAGGCUGGCCAGAUUGCGGUUUUUGAUGCCACCAAUACUACGAGGGAAAGGAGAGGGAUGAUCCUAAACUUUGCCAAAGAGAAUGGGUUCAAGGUGUUCUUCAUUGAAUCUGUCUGCAAUGACCCCACAGUAGUUGCUACCAAUGUUAUGGAAGUAAAAUUGUCCAGCCCUGAUUACCGGGACUGUAAUUCAACCGAUGCCAUGGAGGACUUCAUGAAGAGGAUCAACUGUUACCAAGCCAGCUACCAGCCACUCGACCCGGAUGACUAUGACCGGGAGCUUUCUCUUAUCAAAGUCAUCGAUGUUGGCCGGCGGUUCCUGGUCAACAGGGUUCAGGAUCACAUCCAGAGCAGGAUUGUUUACUACCUGAUGAACAUCCAUGUCCAGCCCCGCACCAUUUAUCUCUGUCGGCACGGCGAGAGCGAGUUCAACCUCAAAGGGAAGAUUGGAGGUGACUCGGGCCUCUCCAACAGGGGCAAGAAGUUUGCACUGGCACUGAACAAGUUUGUUGAGGAGCAGAACCUGAAGGACCUCAAAGUUUGGACCAGCCAACUAAAGAGGACAAUCCAAACGGCAGAAGCUCUCCAACUGCCCUACGAGCAGUGGAAGGCACUCAAUGAAAUCGAUGCUGGUGUGUGUGAAGAUAUGACAUAUGAAGAAAUCAGGGAGCAGCAUCCAGAGGAAUUUGCUUUACGUGAUCAGGAUAAAUAUUACUACCGCUAUCCUUCUGGGGAGUCCUACCAAGAUCUGGUGCAGCGCCUGGAGCCCGUCAUCAUGGAGCUGGAGAGACAAGAGAACGUCCUUGUGAUCUGUCACCAGGCCGUCAUGCGCUGUCUCCUGGCGUACUUUCUGGACAAGAGUGCAGAUGAAAUGCCCUACCUGAAGUGUCCCCUUCACACAGUGUUGAAGCUGACCCCCGUGGCCUAUGGCUGCCGGGUGGAGUCCAUCUCGCUGAACAUUGAAGCCGUCAACACCCACAGGGAACGGCCAGAGGAAGCAAAGAAGGGACCUAACCCACUCAUGAGACGUAAUAGCGUUACCCCUCUAGCAAGCCCAGAGCCCACCAAAAAACCUCGCAUCAACAGCUUUGAGGAGCAUGUGGCUGUUUCUUCCGCCCUGCCAGGCUGUGUUCCUCAGGAAGUGCCCACGCAGCUGCCGGGACAAAACAUGAACAACUCGCAGAAGCCGUCGUGACUCCGUUGGCGCUGUCGCGAGGCCACCGACGGCGGCGACGCCAGCUUCCUAUCCCACCGCCAUUUCCGAAGCUUGCUUAUUGAACCGGUCUCCUCCGUCUGCGGCGAGGGCGACCCUCGGCUGUU